GUAAAGCACCAAGAGCCAAUCACAAGGCUGCUUGCGAUGACGGCGGUAUAGCGUAUGGUUUCCUCGCCGCCGCGUUGCGCAUGUGCCCGGCUUUAAUAUGGCUACCCCUGUGGAUCUAGAGCUGAAGAAGGCUUUCACAGAGCUUCAAGCCAAAGUUAUUGAUACCCAGCAGAAAGUUAAACUUGCAGAUCUACAAAUUGAGCAGCUAAAUAGAACAAAGAAGCAUGCAUAUCUUACCAAUGCAGAAAUUAUGAACCUGUCUGAUUCAACGCCUAUGUAUGAAGGAGUAGGAAGAAUGUUUGUCCUGCAAACAAAAGAUACAAUUCACAACCAGCUAUUGAAUAAACAAAAAGUCGCUAAUGAGAAAAUUGCAGAGUUGGAGCAAAAGAAGUCAUACCUGGAGCGAAGUGUAAAGGACGCUGAAGAUAACAUAAGAGAAAUGUUAAUGGCCAGAAGAGCACAAUAACAGUUGCCAACACAGACACAAAAUUUUCACUAUUUAAUGUUUUUUAUUACAUGUGGAAUAUGCCAAUACUUAAAACCGCAUAUUUGAGUUUAUUAUGCAAGACACAAUAUAACUAAUAAAGGCAAAUGAGAAAAUGUUCUGACUGGA